UCUGGCCGGGGAUUUAGCGAGAAGGCUGGGUCUGGCAGCGGCUUUGAGAAUUUAGCGCGCGGUGUUGCAGGCGCUGAGAGCAAGGGGCCCGGUUCCAGAGUGUGUUUAGCCAUGCCGGCACAGCGGCCCGCGAGCAGCGGCGGGUCCCUCGCUCCAGAUAUGGUUGAACGACCGGAGACUGCCGUGAUUACCCCAGCCAUGCUAGAAGAGGAAGAACAGCUUGAGGCUGCCGGACUUGAGAGAGAGCGGAAGAUGCUAGAAAAGGCUCGCAUGUCUUGGGAUAGAGAGUCCAUGGACAUUCGGUACCGUAGACUUCAACAUUUGCUUGAAAAAAGCAAUAUCUACUCCAAAUUUUUAUUGACUAAAAUGGAACAGCAACAAUUAGAGGAACAGAAGAAGAAAGAGAAACUAGAGAGAAAAAAGGAAUCUUUGAAAGUUACUAAGGGUAAAAAUUCCAUUGAUGCAAAUGAGGAGAAUCCAGUUAUGAGAAAGAAAAGAGGAAGAGAAGAUGAAUCAUACAAUAUUUCAGAGGUCAUGUCAAAAGAGGAAAUUUUGUCUGUGGCUAAAAAAAGCAAAAAGGAGAAUGAGGAUGAAAGUUCUUCAUCUAAUCUCUGUGUAGAAGAUCUUCAGAAAAACAAAGAUUCAAAUAGUAUAAUUAAAGAUAGAUUGUCUCAAACGGUUAGACAGAAUACUAAGUUCUUUUUUGACCCAGUUCGGAAAUGUAAUGGACAGCCAGUACCCUUUCAGCAACCAAAACACUUUACAGGAGGAGUGAUGCGAUGGUACCAAGUGGAAGGCAUGGAAUGGCUUAGGAUGCUUUGGGAAAAUGGAAUUAAUGGCAUUUUAGCAGAUGAAAUGGGAUUGGGAAAAACAGUUCAGUGCAUUGCUACAAUUGCAUUGAUGAUUCAGAGAGGAGUACCUGGACCUUUUCUUGUCUGUGGCCCUUUGUCUACACUUCCUAACUGGAUGGCUGAAUUCCAAAGAUUUACACCAGAAAUUCCUACCAUGUUAUAUCAUGGGACCCAGGAGGAACGUCGAAAAUUGGUAAAGAGUAUUGACAAACGGAAAGGGACGCUCCAGAUUCAUCCUGUGGUAAUCACGUCAUUUGAAAUAGCCAUGAGAGACCGAAAUGCGUUACAGCAUUGCUAUUGGAAAUACUUGAUAGUUGAUGAAGGACACAGGAUUAAGAACAUGAAGUGCCGUCUAAUCAGAGAGUUAAAGCGGUUCAAUGCAGAUAACAAACUACUUUUGACUGGUACUCCCUUGCAAAACAAUUUAUCAGAACUUUGGUCAUUGCUAAACUUUUUGUUGCCAGAUGUAUUUGAUGACUUGAAAAGCUUUGAGUCUUGGUUUGAUAUCACUAGUCUUUCUGAAACUGCUGAAGAUAUUAUUGCUAAAGAAAGAGAACAGAAUGUAUUGCAUAUGCUGCACCAGAUUCUAACACCUUUCUUACUGAGAAGACUAAAAUCUGAUGUUGCUCUUGAAGUUCCUCCUAAACGAGAAGUAGUCGUUUACGCACCGCUUUCAAAGAAACAAGAGAUCUUUUAUACAGCCAUUGUGAACCGUACAAUUGCAAACAUGUUUGGAUGCAGUGAGAACGAAACAGUUGAGCUAAGUCCCACUGGACGACCAAAACGGCGAACUAGAAAGUCAAUAAAUUACAGCAAAAUAGAUGAUUUCCCUAAUGAAUUGGAAAAAUUGAUCAGUCAAAUGCAGCCAGAGGUAGACCGAGAAAGAGCUGUUGUGGAAGCGAACAUCCCUGUAGAAUCUGAAGUUAAUCUGAAGCUGCAGAAUAUAAUGAUGCUACUUCGUAAAUGCUGUAAUCAUCCAUAUUUGAUUGAGUACCCUAUAGAUCCAGUGACACAAGAAUUUAAGAUUGACGAAGAAUUGGUAACAAAUUCUGGGAAAUUCUUAAUUUUGGAUCGAAUGCUGCCAGAACUAAAAGCUAGAGGUCACAAGGUGCUGCUUUUUUCACAAAUGACAAGAAUGUUGGACAUUUUGAUGGAUUACUGCCACUUUAGAGAUUUCAACUUUAGCAGGCUUGAUGGAUCCAUGUCUUAUUCAGAGAGAGAAAAAAAUAUGCACAACUUUAACACAGAUCCAGAUGUGUUUAUCUUCUUAGUGAGUACACGAGCUGGUGGCCUGGGCAUUAAUUUGACUGCAGCAGAUACAGUUAUCAUUUAUGAUAGUGAUUGGAACCCCCAGUCUGAUCUUCAGGCCCAGGAUAGAUGUCAUAGAAUUGGUCAGACAAAGCCAGUUGUUGUAUAUCGUCUUGUUACAGCAAAUACUAUUGAUCAGAAAAUUGUGGAAAGAGCAGCUGCUAAAAGAAAACUGGAAAAGUUGAUCAUCCACAAAAAUCAUUUCAAAGGUGGUCAAUCUGGAUUAAGUCAAUCUAAGAACUUCUUAGACCCUAAGGAAUUAAUGGAGUUAUUAAAAUCUAGAGAUUAUGAAAGGGAAGUCAAAGGAUCAAGAGAGAAGGUCAUUAGUGAUAAAGAUUUAGAGUUGUUAUUAGAUCGAAGUGAUCUCAUUGACCAAAUGAAUGCCUCAGGACCGAUUAAAGAGAAGAUGGGGAUUUUCAAGAUACUAGAAAAUUCUGAAGAUUCCAGUUCUGAAUGUUUGUUUUAAAUUGGCUCUAAAGAAUGUCUUUAAAAAAUUCUUAUUUACAUCUAGUGAUUUACUUUUAUUGGUGUUGAAAUCCAGAUUAUCCACUUUACUUUUUUGAUUAUAUCGGUUUACAUACUGUAACUUGUACCAUUGCAUACUUAAUAGAUGAUGAUUUUCUGAGCUUUAUUCAGAACAAAGAAGUAUUCAUAUUAAGUGUAGAUUUUUCGGUUAAUUUUUCAAACUCGGUAGUACUCUUGGGUACAGGCUGAUGUGUACUUAACCACUGCCAGAUUUAUACAGUCUUCCUGUGGAAGUUUAAUGUCUUUUCCCCACCUUUUAGCAGUACAGUUCUUGGGUUUUUGGUACUUCAGUUAUGGAGUAAGCUUUUGAUGGGGGAAAGAUUGGGAUUAUGCUUUCUGUUGGUUAAAUAAGAAAUUGUUUGAUUUUAGGGUCUAUUUCUAUAAAAUGGUUUACCAAAUAAAUGUUCAUUAUAAGAUGA